AUGUCUUGGAACGACUCUCAUCGCGGUGGCAAGCUCGAAGACAUGGCUCCAACCGGAACUGCCAUGCCCAACGAUGCCGGUCUUCAAAAUACGAUUCCUUCGAAACCGCGCCCAGACCAACUGGGUGAAGAUCCCCGUUUUAGCUAUGAUGGACUUGGACUGCCUACAGUGCCUAUAGCUGCAGAUAACGCCACCGAUAUGCCACGAAGCACCCGCGACGUAGCACAAACCGGAGAGGUUAUGACCGCCACUGGGGAUUCUUUGCCGGCCGACAUUGAAACCAAAAGGGUGCAGUCUCAAACCAAUGACCCCGGCGCUAAGGGCAGCUUGCGUAAUAUCAAGCAUGCAGCAAAGACCCGAAGCGCAUACGACAAGUUUGUCGGAGAAAAUCCCGAAGAUGGUCAGCUGGUAGGAGAGCCUGAACAGAGGGCUUAA